GUAUGGUAUUGCCAUCUUGGUGCACCGACGAUAAUACUCUUUAUUUUGGUUCUGUAUGACCCUUCGCACUGGCUUGCGUUUGCCUUUCUUCGAUAGACUAAGUGAUAGUCAAGCCGCGCUCGCUACCAAUCAUAUACAUAGGUCAAAUUUUCACCAAUGGGCCUAUUCGAAAUUUCAGUUGAGACCAAUCCACAAAGGCAAAGUAGUGGACCAUCAGGCAUUCGUUUUAUUAUAUCUUCUGGAGUUCACUAAUUUUCAAAGCAUGGCGAAUGCGAUAUCCACAACGCGCGAUAUAACCGGCACUCAUGCUUUGAUGGCCUUCGACGAGGAGCCUGGGAUUAUCCUUCUAGGAGGAUUUUUCCAGUGCUUCCUUCAGGGAAUUAUCGUCGUCCAAACUGCCAGAUACUGGGAAUCACAUGAAGAUGAUUCGCGCUUACGUCGAUUCUUUGUUGCUGUG